AUGUCUACACACGCUCAAGGUGGCGCUACCAAUGCUCGGGGAGAGGUGCUUAGCGAGUCCGCCAUUCUUUCUGUCGCACAGGGUGCAAUCAUAACAUCCGUCGCGGGUGCCUGCUUGACCGCUAGCUACGCCUUGUUACGAGGUCGAGGAACUCGCGUCGCGCGUAUGUACGCUAUUGACUCGUCUGUGAACUGUGCAAUAGCUGGUGCCACAUUCUUCAGCCUCAAAAACUAUUGGGUGGAGCCUGUUCUUGCAAAGUUCCAGGAGUCAAGCCCAUCACAGCUUACAAGUGCCGAGUUCGGAGGCGACGAGCCAGCCUCGUGGUGGGCUCUACGGUCCAGGGGCCUGCCCGAGGUCGCUUUAAGUGGAGCUCUCACAGGAGGUCUCUUUGGCUGGCGUAGAUACACGCUGGCUCGCGGAACACUACCAGGGGCUUUGGUCGGCGCUGCCUUUUGCUCACUUGCGCAAAUAUCAUUGAAUGAGGUCGGAGUUCAGCGUCUCAAAUAUAUUUCCAGAGAACGAAAUCGCGCGUCUGGGCCUCCAUCUGAACCGGCGCUAGCACCUUCAAAACCAAAAAGACCACUUCUCAUGCGGUUUAUGAACUGGCUGGGAGUCAAACAGGUUACUCCCGAGGAGUAUUUGGAAAAGCUGCGUGCGGAGCGCGAUCUAGUUUGGGAGGAGAUACUACUGUUGGAGGAAGAAGAGCGCAACAAGGAGCGGGAAGAGAAGGGGGAGCUACUUCCGGCAGAAGAGAGCCGCGUAGUAUGA